AUAGACAGUUUGUUCUCGAGCACUGAUUGUCACUUCUUAUCACUUUCUUGGAGAAACUUGAGGAAAGACAGUCUGGAAGGAUGCAGUACGACUAUGGCAAAAACAAGGAAGAACAUCCGGAGCCCAUCAAAACUGAAGUAAAGGGCUUGAUUCCUGAAUGGGUGCAGGGAACACUAAUACGCAAUGGACCCGGCAUGUUCUCUGUUGGAGAGACGACAUACAACCAUUGGUUUGAUGGAAUGGCACUUCUGCAUAGUUUCGCAAUUAAUAAAGGAGAGGUGACGUACAGGAGCAGAUAUCUUCGAGGCGACACUUACAACUCCAACAUGCAGGCCAAUAGAAUAGUAGUCUCAGAGAUGGGGACUAUGGCGUACCCAGAUCCAUGCAAAAACAUAUUCUCCAAAGUGAUCACCUUCCUCAGCCACACCAUCCCAGAUUUCACUGACAACUGUGCCAAUAACAUAAUCAAAUAUGGAAAUGACUACCAUGCUACAUCUGAAACCAAUUACAUUCGGAAAAUUGACCCUGUUACUUUAGAGACUCAGGAAAAGAUUGACUACCUGAAAUACCUUCCUGUAAGUAUCGUGGCUUCUCACACACAUUAUGAUAAAGAGGGAAACAGCUACAGUAUGGGAACAUGCAUCGCGGAGAAGGGCAAAACCAAGUACAUGUUGUUCAAGGUACCAGGAGGAAGCAGGCCAGAUGGAUCUCCACCUUUGAAAAGCGCUGAGGCCGUGUGCACCUUGCCCUGCCGUUCCCUCCUGACACCUAGUUACUACCACAGCUUUGGCAUGACUGACAAUUACUUCGUCUUCAUCGAGCAGCCCUUGAAGCUAGAUAUCCUGAAAAUGGCCACCGCUUAUUUGAGGAGGGUGAGCUGGGCCAGCUGCAUGAAGUUUCACCCUGAAGACAGUACCCUGAUUCAUCUUAUUGACCGAAACACAAAAAAGGAGGUUGCGACCAAAUUCUACACUGAUGCAAUGACCGUCUACCAUCAAGUCAAUGCCUUUGAAGAUGAUGGGCAUGUUGUUUUUGAUGUGAUUGCCUAUGAUGACAACAACUUGUAUGAAUUCUUUUACCUGGACAAGCUGAAGGAGAAGAUGGGAGCAACAAAUUUGUACUGCAAGCCCAAGUUCACAAGAUUUGUGUUUCCCCUUAGUGACAAGGGUGAGACCGGUGAGAAUCUGGUCAAACUUAAAUACACAACAGCAAGUGCUGUGAAGGAGAAAGAUGGGAAAAUAAUGUGUCAGGGUGAGAUUCUCUGUGAAGGUGUGGAACUUCCAAGAAUUAAUUACAACUUCAAUGGAAAGAAGUACAGAUAUUCAUACAUGUGUUGUGUAGACGAAUCCCCAGUGGCCACAAGGAUUGUGAAGUUUGAUGCUGACACAAAGCAGCAGAUUGAGUGGAAAGGAGACGACGGUUUUGCAUCAGAGCCCGUUUUCAUUCCCAGGCCUGGUGCAGUUGAAGAAGAUGAUGGUGUAGUCCUGACAGUUAUCAUUAAUAACAAACCUCGGCAAGGUGGCUUUCUACUAGUGCUUGAUGCCAGGUCUUUCAAAGAGGUUGCCCGGGCAUGUUUAGAUCAAGAAUUUCACAUGGACAUGCAUGGAUACUUCAUACCAGGCAGUAGCUGAGGGUUUGAUGUCUGCCAGCUGUAUAACUAUAUAUAUUAAACAUGAAUGUGAAAUGUUAUUCCCUUUUUUUCUUAGAUGCAGUAAUAAUAAAGAGACGUUAUUACUGCCA